AUGUUUGGAGAAACAUCACGAGCCGCCGAGAAGGCUGGGGUCCGUCUCAAAAUUAUCGUCGUUGGUGGAGGGAUUGCUGGUAUUGCGUCAGCAUACACGCUGGCAGUGGCUGGCCACGAUGUUGUGGUACUGGAAAAGGGCGACGGGUCCAUCAAGAGCGCAGGCGGUGUCCAGUCUCCUCCCAACAUGACCAAGAUCCUAUACCAAUGGGGGCUGCGUCCAAUACUGCAGCAGAAGGCCGACACGUAUGAAAGAAUUGUUCUUCGGAACAGCGAUAAAGGGACGUUGAUCGGCUCUUUGAAAAUGGACGAAAAUUUCGUGAAGGAGCUCAUAGAUGGCUUCCUCUUCAUCCAGCACCGAGAUCUUUAUGACAUGUUAAUGAAUUGCGCGCGCCGAGAAGGCGUGACGAUACGAUGCAACGCGAAAGUCGUCGGUGCAGAUCCUGCCAACGCCACCGUCACGCUAGAGUCUGGAGAGCAACUGUCCGCAGAUGUCGUAGUCGCAGCUGAUGGCUACGACAGCGUAUUACGCCCCAUAGUCACGGAAGAGGAUGAGGACGACGUACUGGUGGAGGAGCAGGAGAGGCAUUUGACCACGACCAUCUUGCUGCCGGGUGAUAUCCUGAAGGGCGACAAGGAGUUGGAAACAUUUUUGAACCCACAAGAUUGGGUGCUGUGGAUGGGGGAAGGAUAUAGUUGGAAUGCGAACUUUUUGCAUGGAGGAGAGGCCCUGACUGCCACGAUUACUCACGUAUACGCGGGUCCGCCACAUGCUGGCGACGGGGAAUGGACAGAUGCGCGCACCUUGGAGUGGUAUCUGAUGACCAUGCCCAACAUCGAACCAAAACUAAAGAAACUUCUGAAGCUCGCAAAAUUGAUAUCGUCUCGUAUAUUUGUCACGCGACAGACGCCAGAAGAUUUUGUUGGAGCAGGCUCGCGAUUGGUGCUAGCGGGAACAUCCGCCCAUCCAAUGACGCCAGGAGGCAACCACGCAACGGCCCUCGUCAUCGAGGACGCACAAGUCCUAGGCUGCUUGUUUUCAAGGAUCCAACAUCGAAGCCAAAUCUCCCAAUUCAUGACGGCGUACGAAGACAUCCGGCAAUCGCGCUGCGCGUCGACGCAGGAAUACGACUACAAUCACCGCGCAUCGAUGAAGGUCCCAAAAGAGAUGCAGGAUGAACGCGAUGCUCUGCUCGGGCAGACGAUGAUACACGGCGACUGGGAUCACAUGGACGAGGCGCUGUUCCGGGAAUCAUGGGGCAAGGAGCUGUCGCUGUACACGUAUGAUGCGACAGAGAAGGUGGACGACUGGUGGGGGCAGUACGGAUAUUUGGUCUGUCAGGUCGAAGCUGAGCGCUCGAAGACGAUGGAGGUCUCGAUAUCCCUUGGCGACGCUCCCAGUUCGUGA